AUGCGCAAUCUUCGCAAUGUCCGCCUCGGCCGCUGGAGCCAUGCCGACAUCACCUCGACCUGUUGGGACCCGGAGAAGGAUGAGGUGCUCUGCACCGUCGGGCCGUCGACACAUAGCUCUGCCAUCGAGCUGGUGAGGGUAUCGGAGAAGGAUCUCACCACCUCGCACAAGACUGUCGCCAGCUGGGAUGCCCCCAGUCCGCAUCCUGACCUGCCCGUGGACACCGUCGUCAGCAGUCAGUACCUGAGCGGUUCAGGGAUGACAUGUCUUGUUCUGGAGGGCGGAGACAUUGUCACGGUCCAAGAGGACCAGUUCGCCGACGAUGGCGCUCACAUCGAGAUCAUGGGCUCCAUCGACGCCGGCAUCGCCGCCGCACGCUGGUCCCCCGACGAGGAGCUCUUGGCUGUCGUCACCAAGGACAACAACCUCAUCUUCAUGGGCAGCACCUUUGACCCCGUUAUCGAGGUGCCCAUGACCUCUGAGGACCUCAAGGCGUCCAAGCACGUAUCCGUGGGAUGGGGAAAGAAGGAGACGCAGUUCCAGGGCAGAGGCGCAAAGGCCCUUCGCGAUCCUACCAUUCCCGAAAAGGUCGAUGAUGGCCUGCCGAGCAGCCACGAGGACGGCUCGACGACCAUCAGCUGGCGCGGCGACGGCGCCUUUGUUGCCAUCAACUCGGUCCAGGAGGGCAGUCGGCGCGUCAUCCGUGUCUACUCCCGCGAGGGCGAGCUUGACAGCGCGAGCGAACCGGUUGAUGGGCUCGAGGGGACUCUGAGCUGGAGACCCGCAGGCAAUCUCAUGGCGGGUAUCCAGCGACUUUCUGACAGAGUCGACGUCGUCUUCUUUGAGAGAAACGGCUUGCGCCAUGGACAGUUUACGCUUCGCUCGCCCCAAGGCUCCGUCGUUGAUCACUCCAAGAUCCGUCUUCAAUGGAACUCGGACUCUACGGUCCUGGCCAUCGCCUUGGAUGGCAUGGUCCAGUUCUGGACCAUGGGCAACUACCACUGGUACCUCAAGCAAGAGACGCCCUUGGCUUCGGGGUGCCCUCAGCUUUCAUGGCAUCCUGAGAAAGCCCUGCGUUUCGCGGCUGCCACCUCCACGCAUGCCGUCCUCACCGAGUAUAUCUUCCACACUGCGCGUGGGUCAUGUCUGCCUCCUUACGACAACGGCGUCGUUGCCGUCAUCGAUGGCAAAACCGUCAAGCUGACACCAUUCCGGACGGCAAACGUGCCGCCACCCAUGUCUCUUUUCGACGUCGCUUGCGAAUCUGCUGUGGUCGAUGUCGCGUUUGGUCACCAAAAUACCUCCUUUGCGAUCCUGCACCGCCAGGGCGUCGACAUCUUCGACAUGCCCAUGAAGAAUGGACGGUCCAUCAAACCCCAGCUCAGAACACGGGCGCCUUUGGCAGGCCCUAGUGUUCUACCGCUGAGGAUAUCCUGCAUCUCCAAGGACGAGUUCCGCGCUUCGUUCUCCGACGGCAACGGUAUCGUGCAGGCCAAGGUUGACGGCCAGAGCGGCAAAUUCGGUGACGCUGUGGACGACAAGCAACGCUUGGUGUCUACGUCCACAUUCGAGGACGAGGAGUCUAUUGAGGGAUAUGGUCAAGACCUGUCCGGAAAUCUCUACAGUCUGUCUGGCUCCAACUCCGAUCUCUUGCCCGUCAGAUUCGCGAUCCAUCUGCCGUGGUUCGAAAUGAGCAAGCCCGAGGGCAUCAUUACUGCCUUUGGUCUUUCGCGGAGCGGCCACAUCUAUGCCAACUCCCGGCUCCUCGCAAAGAACUGCACCUCCUUUAUCGUCACGCCUAGCCAUCUCAUCUUCACAACCAGCAACCACUUUGUCAAAUACGUCCAUCUAUCACCUGACGUUGAGGCGCUUCAAGUCCCGGCAGAUGACCCCGAAAGGGACGAGAGGUGCCGCAGCGUUGAGCGGGGGUCUCGUCUUGUGACGGCCAUCCCCACCAACAUGAGCAUCGUGCUUCAGAUGCCGAGAGGCAAUGUUGAGACCAUUUUCCCGCGCGCCAUGGUCGUCGCUGGCAUACGCAGCCUCAUCGAGGACAAGAACUACGCGAGGGCGUUCUCCUACUGCCGCACUCAGCGUGUCGAUAUGAACAUUCUGUACGACCAUCAGCCAACGCAGUUCCUGGCCAGUGUUGGCCUCUUCCUGGACCAGCUCAAGGACGUGACGUACAUUGAUCUCUUCCUCUCAUCUCUCCGAGAGGACGACGUCACGCAGACCAUGUACCAGGACACCAAGCGAGCGCGGGCUGGACCCCUUGGUGGCGUCUCGGAGGUCGACCCCUCCACAGACAUUGCGAAGCCGUCUGGCUCGAAAGUAAACACUGUUUGCGACGCUCUGCUCAAGGGUCUCCUUCCUCGCAAGUCGACCAACCUCCAAAACGUCAUCACCGCCCACGUAUGCAAAGCGCCGCCUGCACUGGACGACGGCCUCGCCCUCGUGGCCGAACUGAUGCGGGAAGACGCAAAGGUGGCCGAAAAGGCCGUCGAGCACAUUUGCUUCCUCGUCGACGUCAACCGCGUGUACGAGCACGCUCUUGGCCUCUACAACCUCGAACUCGCGCUUCUGGUCGCCCAGCAGUCGCAGCGCGACCCCCGAGAAUACCUCCCCUUCAUCCAGAACCUCCACGCCCUCCCCGAUCUCCGACGCAAGUUUGAGAUUGACGACCACCUCGCGCGGCGGACCAAGGCGCUCCUGCAUCUCCAGGCUUUGGACGCCUUCGACGAGCUGUGCAGCUACACCACGAAGCACGCGCUGUACCAGGAAGCCCUGAAGCUCUACCGGUACGACCAGCCGCGCCUAAACGCGCUCACGGAGCUGUACGCCGCGCACCUCGAGUCCACGUCCGCCUUUCGCGAGGCCGGCCUGGCGUACGAGUCGCUGCAAAACUACGUCAAGGCGACCAACUGCUACCGCGCCUCGGGCGCCACGUGCUGGCAGGAAUGCCUCUACACGGCGCAGCAGCAGACGCCGCCCCUGUCCGCCGACGCCAUGGCCGACCUGGCGACGAGCCUUGCCGACGCGCUCUGGGAGGCCAAGGACUACCGCGCCGCGGCCACCAUCCACGUGGACCACCUGUCGUCGCUCGAGACGGCGGUCAAGUGCCUCUGCAAGGGGUACCACUUCGCCGAGGCGAUGCGGCUCGUGGCGCUCAGGUCCCGCCCGGACCUGCUCGAGACGGCCGUCGACGUGGGGCUCGCCGAGGCGCUCGGCAGCACGACCGAGUUCCUCGCCGACUGCAAGGGCCAGCUGCUGGCGCAGGUGCCGCGCAUCGCCGAGCUGCGCCGCAAGGCGGCCGAGGACCCGCUGGCGUUUUACGAGGGCGAGCGCGCCGGCGGCGCAGACAUCCCCGACGACGUGUCCGUGGCGGCGAGCUCGCGCAUGAGCACCAGCGCCAGCCUCUUCACGCGCUACACGGGCAAGGCGGGCAGCGUGGGCACCGCCGGCACGGGCGUCAGCCGCGCCACGAGCAAGAACCGCCGCCGCGAGGAGAAGAAGCGCGCGCGCGGGCGCAAGGGCACCGUCUACGAGGAGGAGUACCUCGUCAACAGCGUGCGCCGCCUCGUCGAGCGCGUCGCCGCCACGGCCGCAGAGGUCGAGCGCCUCGUCUUUGCGCUCGUGCGCCGGGGCAUGGCCGAGCGGGCCCGCGCCGCCGAGGCCCUCAUGGCCGACGUGGUGGAGGCGUGCGAGCGUGCCGUCGCCGAGGUGUUUGCCCCGGCGGCGGCGGCGGCGAACGGCGGUGGCGACGGGGGCGAUGCGGGCGGGGGAGCUGCAGCGGAUGGGGCCGCGGCCGGCGAGGACGCUCCCGCGUGGAGGGCGACGGGCGGCGACGCCGUGCUGCAGGACUGGAUGGCUGGCCGGAGCAAGAGGCUAGAGCCGCCGGUGCUGCCCGCCAUGAAGAAGCUGGCCCUCCUCGGGUGA